CUCCGGCGCCACCUCCGACCCUACUCGAGUCUGAAGCAUCACCACCACAACCUCAAUCAUCCAAGAGAUGAGUAGUCGCGGCGGGAAACUUGCCCCCGAAGUCAAUCGCGCUCUGUUCGUAAAGAACCUGAGCUACAACGUUACUCCUGAAGAGCUCUUCGACCUCUUUGGAAAAUUUGGGCCUAUUCGCCAAGUUCGUCAAGGUAUUGCCAACAACACCAAGGGUACCGCUUUUGUAGUCUAUGAAGAUGUCAUGGAUGCGAAGCAAGCCUGUGACAAACUGAACGGUUUCAACUUUCAGAACCGUUAUCUCGUUGUAUUAUAUCAUCAGCCCGACAAGAUGGUAAAAUCUAAAGAGGAUCUCGACGCCCGCCGGGAAUCUUUAGCGCAGCUCAAGAAGCAGCACGGCAUAGAUUGACAAUCCGACCGGUCUGUAGGCACCCUGCAGAAGAAGACCAUUUCUUCGUCUGCGGGCCGGUCUUCCUCAUCAUCAUCGUCCUCCUCUUCUUCGUCAGAGAUCAAGACAAUCCUACGAAAGGGCAGGUCGCCAGCCAAGGCCACUCCGAGCAGUGGGCACGUCCACACCCGAGCCGUCCGAUUUGCAGAAGGACUACGCGCAGCUCUACCGACGUUUGCCUAAACCGAGCAUUCGAAACGUUGCCCACGGAGUGAUACAAUUAAACGUACCACCAUCUUUUUUUUUAUCUGUUUUUCCGCCUUGGCUGGCACACAACUUCAUUUUUUCCACCUUAAUACCAGUAGUUACCGGAUCAAUCACCCCUUGAGAAAUAAAUAAAUCAAAUCACGAAAUGAGUCUUACAUUUAUGGGAACGGAAGGGGUGGGUUCAGAUUGGGGAGCUGGGAAAUUCAAAGGGUGUUUAUACGGCAAGUGACGACAUGGCAAGUCACAUAAACUGCUUUUUUUUUCGGAAUUUGGACGGAGCCUACCUUGCGGCCAUGUUUACUAGCGAACAUCUCCUGCCUCCCGAGGCCUUAACCAGAGAAAUCAACAGCAUGUCCCAA